AUGGGGAAGAAACCAAGCAGCCGGAGUCGGAGGUGCCGGCCCCUGCCCCACCGUGUGCCCGGGAUCACCGGCAUCUCGGGGCUGGGGGCUGGCCACCUCCUGCUCUCCAUUCCCUUCGCUUGCUUUUCCACUGCAUCACUUGUGGCGAACUUCAAAGUCCUCUUUGUCAUCAGGACCGAUCCGAGCCUCCAUGAGCCCAUGUACCGUUUCCUCUCCAUGCUGGCCACCACGGAUUUGGGUUUGUCUCUCACCACCAACUGUGAUGAGUCCGGUCAACAACAAGGUUUUGGAACCUGUUUUGCUCAGGGUUACUUCAUUCUUUCCUUCUCCUUCAUGGAGUCCUCGGUGCUUCUGGCCAUGGCCUUUGAUCACUAUGUGGCCAUCUGCUACCUGCUGAGAGACUCCUCCAUCCUCACCAGUGCCAGGACAGGCAGGACUGGGCUGGCUGCUCUGUGCAGACAUCUCUUAGGAGUGUUGCCAUCGCCUGCUGUUCAGAAGCACUGGGGAGGCAUCCAUGGAAAGUCUCUGUCACACUCCUGCCUGCACCAGGACGUGAUGAACCUGGCCUGCGCCAACACCACCCCCAGUGUGGUGUACGGCCUCACCGCCAUCCUGCUGGUCAUGGGGUUGGACGCCGUCCUCAUCUGCCUCUCCUACAUCCUGAUCCUCAAGGCUGUCUUGCGGCUGGUGUUGUGGAAGGAGAGGCUCAAGGCAUUCAGCACCUGCGUUGCCCAUAUCUGCGUGGUCCCGGCCUUCUACGUGCCCCUGAUUGGGCUGUCCGUGGUGCACAGGUUUGGGAAGGACCUGGCUCCACUGGUGCAUAUCACCAUGGGGAACAUCUACAUCCUGGUGCCCACUGUGCUCAACCCCAUGAUCUACGGGGUGAGGACCAAGCAGAUACAGAAGAGGAUCCUGAUUUCAAUUAAAAUUUCUGAUGACAGAACUGCCCAUUGA